AUGACCGAUCGCACUGUACGCGUGUCCGUUGCUGACGAUGACAUCGCUCGUCUCAUGUACUACCUCCACUGCGUUACCGUGGGUGUCGGCUUAGACGUCCUACAAGACGAUCUCGUCAGUCAUAAAAACUACCGCUCGCUUUCCCCCACGCGCAUUGCUCAGGUCGUCCAGACUGCUGACGAGCUUUCGCCCGAUCUAUUCAUAGACAAGCUCAUCUUCUGUGACGACGAUUGCGAAAUCCUCGAAAGGGGCGAGAUCAACAAGUUCGUCCGUAUAUCCGCUGCAGGCAACAUUAUCUCGCUGCAGAGUGAUAUCCUCAUUAUGGGCAAGGUCAGGAAUGCGACGGACGUGAUGUUUUUCAAGUCGUCAUGGCUCGACAAGUAUUAUACCCAGCCCAUGCAGCGUAUCAUCCGCACACUCCUUGGGACAAAGCACUGCAGCCAUUGCGAAGGCGAAGAUGGCCUCUGUACGUGUACGAGGUGCCCGCGCACCACUGAAAGCAAAUGCAGUGAUCUUCUUGCUGCCUUCCUUGACGUUGUUAAUGCCAUCACCCCCCCAUCGUCAUCGAGCGCCAAUCCUAAGCCAUCCACCCAUCAGCCGCCGCCCGCUAAGACACCGAGACCUGGAGAGCACCAGUGUAACUGUGAUGGAUGUGGGCAGAGUUUUUUCACAGGUGCCAGGUAUAAGUGUACCACCUGCUAUGACUACGACCUUUGCGAGCAGUGCUAUAAGUCCAAUAAGCACGACAUGGGACACCCAUUCAAUCAAUAUCGCACCCCUGGUGCGAGACCGACCCUUCUCGCUGCCCGAGCCAGCUCAAAGCCAUCUAUACCCCGCACAAAAACUGACAAUGCCACCAACCCUCCACCACGUUACUCCGAAAAACCCACCACCAAACCAUCCUCCUCACCAUUCUUUUACGACACCAUGUCCGCCUCAGAGCUCAAACGCUUCCUCAAGGACCACGGAGCCACUUUUGAUGACAUCCUGGACAAGGAGACCUUGUGCAGACGUGUUUGGGACACCUAUUGCGAGUCCAUGGGCAUCGUCGAGCUCAACAAGUUCCUUUCUGAGAACUCGAUCUCGACGGCGGAUUGUAGGGACGUCCAAAGCCGCCGGCGGAAGGCGAAGGGCAUGUUCCGUCCUCCCAAGAGGCCUGCGGCCCCACCGGCGAACACGUCGCAGGUGAGGUGGAGGAGGGACGAUACUGUGAUUUUGAAAGGCUUGAAUCAGACUCAGAUGAAUGGGAAAAGGGGGACAGUGGUGUCGGUGGAUAACGAGUUGGGUAAGGUGCAGGUUAGGAUCGAGGAUAUGGACAAGUCGUUCAUGAUUAAGUUUGAGAAUCUCCAAAUGGCCAUCGACGACUUGGAGGAGGAAUAUGAAGAACUUGACUGA